GAUCAGAUGCAAACAGAAUCUUUACCUUCAUGUCCCAACCCUGUGUCACCGGUGAGGUUAAAUAAUUUGAUCGGUUCUCCAAGGUUUGGAACAGUUACUCCAAAUCGUGUCUUUGUUGGAGGAAUUGAUUUUAAGACUAAUGAAAAUGACCUGAAGAAGUUUUUUGCUCAGUAUGGCAGUGUGACAGAAGUGAAGAUAAUAAAUGACAGAGCUGGAGUGUCAAAGGGGUAUGGCUUUGUUACAUUUGAAACCCAAGAAGAGGCACAGAAGAUUUUACAAGAUGCUAAAAAACUCAGCUAUAAGGAUAAGAAAUUGAAUAUUGGCCCAGCAAUAAGAAAACAAGUGCGGAGUCCUAAUGAUCGUUCUGCUGUAACACCCCAAGCUGGUACAAUGUAUGCAGCUACUGCUGUGUCACCAGAAGCUGGUACAAUGUACUUAACCACUUCGAGUGGAUAUCCAUAUGUUUACCAUAAUGGAAUGGCUUAUUUUCAUACAUCUGAAGUCUCUCCUAUUCAGCAGCCAUGGCCAUCUCGCUCUGUUUCCAGUUCACCUGUGAUGGUUGCUCCACCUGUUUAUCAGUCUCCUAUGUACCAUUAUCAGGCACCAACACAGUGUCUUUCAAGUCAGUGGCAGUGGUCUGUUCCACAGUCUCCUACCUCUUCACCUCCACUCCUGUAUCUGCAACCAUCUGAAGUCUUUUAUCAGCCAAUAGGAAUUAACCAGGAAGGUGGAUGUAUAUCUCCACCUCUCCUAAUGGAAGCUGCAGUUCCUGAGCUGUAUUCUGAUCAUGGAGUUCAAACACUUCAUCACCAGCCCUAUGUCCAGAGUCACAUAGCCAUGCCUGCAGCUUCCUUCCUGUGUGGCUGAGAUCCAUCAUCAACAUACCAGCUAGCAGCUGCCAGUUGUGGAAUUUGGGGAAUUGAGGUUGCAUUCUGUGAGAAGAAGUGUUCUGCAUCAUUCGUCUGUGAGUCUGAAACCUCAGUAUUCAUGAAGUCAUCAGUUUCAUCCUAGAAAAGAUUACAGAAUGGAAGAUAAAAUUUUACACUACCUUCUACAGAUACUGUAAAACACUGGGUUUUUUAGCUAUGUGCUUUGCUAACAUACCUAUCACAGCGAGGGUAUGUUCUUCCUGACUUCUGACAUUUCCCUGCAGGUUUCCCAGUUAAAAUACCACUACUUUUUGUCAAGUAAUAGCAUGAAAUUUUGUAGUUUUGUCAGGUAAAAACAUGUGAAACAAUAAUUUUAUCCCUGCACUUCCUUUCUUAGUAGAAACCCUGUUACAGGACAAAAGGGUGAUUUCUGAAACACAGCCUACUGUAUGUAUUCCAGUUACUAACCCAGAUUGAAAGCCAGGGUACUUCUGCUAAAGGGAUAAUGUCACCUUUAAUUUCUGGGUUGCAUAAACUUUGAAGAUAUGUUAAUUACAAAGUUGAAGCCAUUUUGCCACAUACUGACAGCAUUUCUGUGCUGUGGAUAAAAUCUGGUUAUUUAAGUCUAUGUGAAUUUCAUUUCCAUUCCAAAACGAUUUGUCUAGUUUAAUUUUUUUUGCUAUCAGUAUUUUCUCCUUUUAUAAGGUAUUUUACUUGUGUGUCAUUUUAGUGUUUGCAGUAAUAACUUUUUAAAAUAAAGUUUGGAACCCUAGUUUAAUAAUUAUUUGUUCUCAACCUAAUGUUUUUCUUGCAUAUACAUUUGGUUUUAUAGUAUGUUUUUAGCUAUAGAAAAAGGCAGAAAUUGACUACUUCUAUUAGAAAAACCAUUGAAAACUUCUCUUUGCUUCUCUGGCAUUUUCUGUUGCCUGUAUGAAAAUAAGGAACUCCCUGGCAGGAUCACAGAUUGAGAUGAAAUACUAUUUUUUUUCCUCAAUUUCAGGAUGUUAAUUUUCUUUUUUGUUGAUGGUGAGGUGU